GUGCGCGUGCGCAGUGCAAGACGGGCAGUGACAGCGGCCUCUCCGAUUAUUUCUUAUUGGGUGAUUGACUAGCUGUAAGCUAGCUUUGUGCUAAUUAGGCAAGUCACAGGAGACUUGGAAGAAGUUUCUAUUUGUUUACUUUCUUUAAAAAGAAAUUAAAUAAAUACAAUUGGACAUUUUCUUUAAAUCCAGCUUGAGGCCUUGGUUUGUGUAGGUAGCUAGCUAGCUAGCUAGGAGCUAAGCUAGCCGAAUUGUAAAUGGCGUCGGAUACGAGUGAUGCCGAGGAAUUUUAUGACGCAGCGGAGGAUGUCAACUUGUCUCCGUCGCCGAAUGUGUCACCUGCGAAGUUUGUUCUUCCUCAGUCUCAGGGUCCUGAGAAUCCAGUACAAGAAGAAAGUGCUUCGUCAGAGCCUCGCCAUGACGACUCUCUCCAGAUCAUUGACAGUAUUAUAGAGGAGAGUCAGAAAGGGGGCGGAGUCGAGGAGGAUCUGCUGAGCAGUGAAGAAAAAAGCUCCACCCCCUCACUUCCGGACCCUCCAGUAGCUCCGGAUUUUCCCCUAGCUCCGGCCGAAUGUGAUGUCGGACAGGAAGUGACGUUGCAGGACACACAGGAAGUGGCUGCCGAUGGAGCUCAGGCAUCUCAGGAAGGAAUUUCUCCUCCUCCGGAUAUCACGCGCGCUCUGGGGCCGGCUCAAUCCGCCGACACGGACACGCCCAAAACGGCGGACAUCUUGGAUCAGGUGCCGCUCGGAGACAAGUUGGAGUCGGACUCCUCCGUCCCGUCAAAGCCUCCCAGGCAGAUUACGGUAGAGCCGGAUAUCGUAGCGAGCACCAAGAAAACUCCUCCCACGAGACCACCACCUCCCGGCGUAGCUCCACCCCCCAGGCCGCCACCCCCGGCACGUCCCUCUCUCCCGACCGGGAAAAAAUCUCAGGAAAGUCUUCGGCCCACGCAGCUGGAAGUGUCUGUAGAGGGAGCAGAUGAGCUGUGCGGAUUGGUCACUCCCAACUCCAGCGUGAGAGGACUCACGAAAGAGCUGCAGCACUCUCUGGACCUCGCUAGCGCCACCAGCGGGGAUAAAGUGGUGACUGCGCAGGAAACUGAUGAUCGAGAGCCCAGUCCGAGUGGCAGUGAAACUCCUGGGCCCCAGAGACCGCGCUCGAACUCGGGCAGAGAGCUCACUGAUGAGGAGAUCUUGGCGAGCGUGAUGAUUAAGAACCUGGACACGGGAGAGGAGAUCCCACUGAACCAGGCUGAGGAGAAACUCCCAGCUGGAAUCAACCCACUCACGCUGCACAUCAUGAGGAGGACCAAGGAGUACAUCACGAACGACGCCGCUCAGUCAGACGACGACGAUAAGAGUCAGCCGCCGCUGACCGACUCGGACGGAGGAAAACUCAGACAGAAAACAACCCAGCUGAAGAAGUUCCUGGGCAAGUCGGUGAAGCGGGCGAAGCACCUCGCGGAGGAGUACGGCGAGCGCGCGGUGAACAAGGUGAAGAGUGUCCGGGACGAGGUGUUCCACUCGGAGCAGGACGAGCCAUCCUCCAGCGAUGACGAGGGCAUGCCGUACACGCGGCCCGUCAAAUUCAAAGCGGCGCACGGGUUCAAGGGUCCGUUUGACUUCGACCACAUCCGAGUGGUGCAGGACCUCAGCGGAGAGCACAUGGGAGCGGUCUGGACGAUGAAGUUCUCUCACUGCGGCCGGCUCCUGGCUACAGCCGGUCAGGACAACGUGGUUCGCAUCUGGGUCCUAAAAAACGCCUACGACUACUUUAACAACAUGAGGAUCAAAUACAACACGGAAGGUCGCGUCUCACCUUCGCCCUCUCAAGAGAGUUUGUGCUCCUCCAAGUCUGACACUGAAGGAGGGCUGACAGGAGCAGCGGUGGAGGACCCGGACCUUGAAGACAGAAACGUUCCCUUCAGGCAGGUUCCCUUCUGCAAGUAUAAAGGCCACACAGCUGACCUCCUCGAUCUUUCCUGGUCAAAGAACUACUUCCUGUUGUCAUCGUCCAUGGAUAAGACGGUGCGCUUGUGGCACAUAUCGAGACGGGAGUGCCUCUGCUGUUUCCAGCACAUCGACUUCGUCACAGCGAUCGCCUUCCAUCCCAGAGACGACCGGUAUUUUCUGAGCGGCUCUCUGGACGGUAAGCUGCGCCUGUGGAACAUUCCGGAUAAGAAGGUGGCUCUGUGGAAUGAGGUAGACGGCCAGACGCGCCUCAUCACUGCAGCCAACUUCUGCCAGAACGGCAAAUACGCAGUCAUCGGCACCUACGACGGACGCUGCAUUUUCUACGACACAGAGCGCCUUAAGUACCACACGCAGAUCCACGUGCGCUCCACCAGGGGGAGGAACCGUGUGGGUCGCAAAAUUACUGGGAUCGAGCCUCUGCCUGGAGAGAAUAAGAUCCUGGUGACGUCAAACGACUCUCGCAUUCGUCUGUACGACCUGAGAGACCUGUCGCUGUCCAUGAAGUACAAAGGCUACGUGAACAGCAGCAGUCAGAUCAAAGCGAGCUUCAGUCAUGAUUAUUCAUUCAUCGUGAGCGGCUCGGAGGAUAAAUACGUGUACAUCUGGAGCACGUACCACGACCUGAGCAAAUUCACCUCUGUACGAAGAGACCGCAAUGACUUCUGGGAAGGCAUUAAAGCCCAUAACGCAGUCGUGACGUCAGCCAUCUUUGCGCCACACCCGGAUCUGAUUGUCCCUCAGGAGCCGGGGGCGGAGAAACCCGAAACAGAGUGCAAGAGCGACGCCGCAGACGAAUCGGAGCCCAUCCCGUCAGGAGCUUUAAAAACAGAUCACACGGAAGUUCUCCUCUCCGCCGACUUCACAGGCGCAAUCAAGGUGUUCGUCAACGUGAAAAAAUACUAAGAGCUUUUAAUCUGACAGACUUUAUAAAAGAAGCUUUGUUUUAAAAACAGAGACGUUUCCAAGAGCAUCACUUUAUUGUAUGUCUUUAAUCUGAGGGCUAUAAACCCCGCCUCCAGCUCCUCCUUCGUUUACCAGUCAGCUUCCGGUGAGUGCUCUGAGAGGGGGCGAGAAUGGGGACGUUGUCAAGCCCCACCCUUUGUGCAGAGAACAGGGACCCAGGAAGUGGACAUGGUGGAAGACUUUGAGGAAAAUCGAGGAACAUAUCCGGACCACGACACACUUCUGUUCGCUUUCAUCUUGCUUUUUUCCUGACAGGCAGCGAUUAAUUUUACAAACGAGGUUUUUUUUUUUUGGAGGGGGAGCUAAAAUGUUAAAGCUAACUUGGAGCAACAGAACACACAACGAGCCUCAUAUAUCAAACUUUCCAUUAAGUUGUACGUACAGGGAACCAAAGAUGGCCGUCAUAUUUAGAAAUUUUCUUCGCACUCCUCCUCCUUUGUGAUUGACCACCAUUUAGUUGGAAAUUUACUAGGUGUGCUCACGGUACAGCUGAUUUACAUUUCGCAUUUAGUCACGCCCACAAGACUUCAAAGAAGGCAAAGCUGAAGAAAAAAAAAAGCAAUUAAACAGUGAAAGAGCACCUCUGAAACGUUUGCCAUGCAUUUAAAUUUUCCAAUAAGGCAGCUCAGCCAUUGCAGCACAUCACAACAAUGGACGCAUGCUCACCCAUCCACCUGUUCCAGGGUGCCGUUACUUUUGUCCUAAUUGAACGGCUAGAUUUAUGGGUUUGCUUUGGAAUUGCUUUCUUUCAAGUCCUCAGUAUGACCAAGUUUCCUAAAACGUUCAUUGUGCUCGAGUAUGUAAUUGAAAUAAAUAAGCAAUUUGAACUCGACUCCACAACGGAGCCUGUAAAUAAAAUCGCAGUAUCUCUUCACCACUUGGACGUAAGUUUCAUACGAACACAUUUCCAAACUGGAUUUUCUUGCGCAGUGUAUUUCUGGUGCGAACAAAUCGGUUUGUAUCCAUUUUGAUAAAUGAGGCUUGUUAAAAACGCACCAGAGCUCAACAGCAAAAAGAAAACGUCCACGGGUGACGGAAUGCUUGCGUUACGAGACUUCAGUUUUAACAGCAGAAACUAAAAUAAGUCGUAGGGCCACAUUUAACGUCAUCAAACAGGUUGCUCAAAGUAUUCGUCAAAUCUGAUCGCUGCCUGUUCAGAGUGGGCUUGCUAGAAGGUCCAAAGGUGCUGCAGUUUUUUUUUUUUUUUGUCGUUAAUGAAUGCUGAAUCUCAGCUGCGUUUUUGUUCCGUUCGCAGUUACCUUGCUAAUUUUUCACAUCGUGCUCCGAUCAGGACUUUGGCAUCUGUGUUGGUCAGAAAACACUUUGGUUGCUGUUGGGUUCUUGACAAGUUUGUGGGUGAAGAUUUUUUUUUUCCCCCUCUCCUGGGAGCUGAUGUUAUAUUCAGGAAAUUUUGACUGAAUGGACAAAAGUUGAAUUAUCCAGUUUGUUACAACCCCAAGCCAUGCUGCUGUUUCUCUCUCUCUCGCGCUCUCUCUCUCCUGUUUGUGUUGAAUGUUAUGUAUGAGCCACAUAUCAUAAAUUACAGAUUCAUGUCUGAUCAGAGUGAUGUAAGCUAGGAGCCCUGCACUCUCACAAAUUCCUAACCGGGUCCUGUUCAUUGUGUUUGAGCUCCUAAGACCAUUUCAGAUUUGUCUCUAUCAGUGUUACUGUAUGCUUGUAAAAAAAAUAAUUGAACCACUUUUUUUAAUUAAAGGAUUCAUUAAAGAAUAAAA